CUCGCUCGUGACUCGUCCUACCCAAAAAUCGUUACCAUCGAGGCUGCAGCUUCCGUAUAUAAAUACAGCACACGCCAAAUUCAGCGCAACAGUAUUCAAUUAUUAACCGCUUUUGUUCAAGCAGCGUCUCCUGCUGUUUCUUCUUCUCGUUGACGAUCAUGGACUUCGAACCUCACGCUCUGAAAAGCUCCGACGAUUCGUUAACGUCAUCGAAGCUGAUUCUUUAUUCUUUCUGGCGGAGCUCCUGCUCGUGGCGUGUUCGCUUUGCGUUGAACCUCAAAGAAAUGUUUCCCGACUGUUGCUUAGGGCUUUCUUACGAGUACAGAGCAAUAAACCUUGGGAAAGGAGAACAAUUAAGUCCAGAUUUUGAGCGCCUAAAUCCUCUUAAGUAUGUUCCUGUAUUAGUAGAUGGUCCGGUGGUAGUUUCAGAUUCUUACGCGAUUUUGCUGUAUCUGGAAGAGAAAUAUCCACAGAAGGCGCUGCUGCCUGCUGAUCUUCGUUUAAAAUCUCUUAAUCUGCAAGUGGCAAGUAUCGUCAGCUCAAGUAUACAACCUGUUAUUAUGAUGGGAUUGCUGAAAACUAUCGGGGAAAAAUUUGGUCCAGAAGAGCAGCUACCAUGGGCUCAGUCCAAUUUAGAAAAAGGUCUCAAUGCUCUUGAGAAACUGCUGAAGGAUUGUUCUGGCCAUUAUGCUUUAGGGGAUGAAGUACAGAUGGCUGAUGUAUUUUUGGCUCCCCAAAUUUCAAAUGCUAUUGAGAACUUCCACAUUGACAUGUGCAGUCUAAGUUUCCAACCUUAGCAAGGAUUUAUGUAUCUUACAAGAAGUUACCAGAAUUCCAAGCCUCGUCACCAGAAAGGCAGCCCGACGCCCUCCAUUAGGUCGUUUGUCUCCACAUUAUUGUACUAUUACACAUUUGACAUUUACUUGAACUUGUAAUUAGUUACAAUAACUUGUAAUUAGUUACACUUGCAAAUAUGGAGAUAGAUAACUUUCUUAUCAUGGAGAUAAGUUAAUUGAUAGUUUCUCUGAAAAUUUCA